GGCCUACAUCUGAUUUUACAAUCUUGUUUUGGUUUAAAGAUAUAGAUUUGUAUCGGAUAUUUAUUAUGACACUUGGCUCAAUUGAUUUUAUAAGGAUUUAUGCCAUCACUGAUAAGAACAAUGAGCGAAGCGUAAUAUUAAACUUACUUGGUAGUAUAGUUUGGUCUGGUGGUAUAAUUUCUUCUAAUUGGCAUUAUGUAGUUAUUCAGUAUUACAAAAGCAGUUUCUGUUUUUCAUUUCAAUUAGAUUUCCAAACAGUAAAAACAUGUGAUGUCAUUUUCCCCUCUGGAGAUGUAAAUAUAUUUCUACAUUCUAGUGUAAUUUGCUUUCAAGUUUAUGAUAAAGUUCUAGUUCCAUCUAUGAUUAAUUCUGUGCAGUUUUGUCCUCUAAAACAAUAUUCUCCUGGACCUUUCUGCAACAUGUUUAGUUGUAUGAUGUUGAAGCAAUUAAAUAAACUAGGGAAUCUUGCAUGCACACCUCGAAAUAACACAUGUGAAUGGUGCAAUCCUUUAUAUGGAAGGUGGGAUCAUUUUACUUGGCACUACAUUAUUAAUAACAAUAUGAGUGAAUGUUUUCAAGUACCUGAUGCACCAUCAAAUGUUUCUACUUACACAUGGAAUAGAACAACAGUUAGAGUAAAUUGGAAUUCAAUUCCUCUAGAGAAUAGUCGUGGAAUAAUCACUAGUUAUAUAAUUUGUAGAAGACAACUAUAUGCAAAUGGUACAAUAGGGUUAUCCUAUUGUUUUGAACAGUUAAAUACUUUUAUGCUUGAGUUUACUUUGACAAAUUUACAAGCUGUAAGCGUUCACAACAUAAGUGUAGCAGCUUGUAAUCAAGCAGGUUGUGGGAGUCCAAAUUACAUCAUUGCAAAAUUGUCACCGUUCGCACCUGACAGCUCUCCAGAAAACUUUACUGCUAUUUUUAAUAUUUCCUCAAUAUAUUUUACCUGGAACAGACUUGAAAACACCACUGAUGUUUGGAAUGAUUAUGAAAUACCUGGAUUUUAUCAACUACGCUACAUCUCUGUGACAAGUUCAGUAAAUAAGAAUAUAAGUUUUACCACAGUUAAUAUAACAGAUAACAGAUUUGUUCUUGAAAAUGUCAACUCUUGCAAUUUUUAUCUAGCUAGUAUAAAUGCAUUUUCAAUUGGAGCUGGUCCGAAAAACUAUUUAUGCAUUCAAGAUUAUCAAUCAGUGCCGUUUUGCAUGAUACCAUUUAUUGAAAGUUUUCAUGUCUCUGGUUCAGCCAAUGCUUCUUUUAUUACCAAAAAUGUUUUGCCAAACUAUUUUCGUGGAAAUAAUAUCUACUGGUUGUUUAAUAUAAAUGUUACAGACAAAAACUACAACCCUGGUCCUCCACCUGAUGAGUAUCUUCGUAAACCCAUUUAUCUUAUUAACUACUUAGAUAAAUAUUCAGGUCAUUCAGAUCAAUGCAACUGGGACAAUAUAAAGAAAUAUUUCAACCAAAAAAUAGACUUUAUUUUAGAUCUGGUAGGUUUACACCCUUAUACACAAUAUGAGGUGUCAAUUCAACUUUGCAAUAAAUUAGGUUGUGGUAAUUUAUCAAAUAGUGUUACAAUUCAAACAUACUCUGAUGUACCAAGUUGUGAGCCUACACUUCUACAAAUGCAAAACCUUUCAUCAACUUCAAUGAACAUUUCAUGGAAUGGGCUUAACUUAAGUUGUGCAAAUAUUGAUUUAAAGCAGAUUAGUUAUACUUUAAUAUGCCAUAGAAGUCAGGGAAGUUUAUUAAUAAAUGAGUUAAUUAAUGUCACAACAAUACUGUUAACAAGUUUAAACAAGUAUGAACAGCUUUGUUGUGAAGUUGCUGCUUCUAAUAUAAAUGGCACUGGGCCUCAUAGCUCUCAGAGUUGUGCAUUUACUAAUGAAGACAUAUCAGAUGCACCAUCCUUUAUUUACACUAACUACACUGAAAAUAGAAAAACAAUUAGAGUUUCAUGGAGUUUGGUUCUUCCAUUAAAUAGCCAUGGGGUAAUAACUAGCUAUGAGAUUUGCAGAAGACAAUUGUAUAUGAAUAGUUCAACUGGAUCUAUCUAUUGUUUUAAACAAUUAAACUCCUCUAUUUGUGAGUUUUACUUGACAAGUUUGCGAGCAUUAAGUACUUAUAACAUUAGUGUAGCAGCCUGUAAUACAGCAGGAUGUGGAAAGCAAAUAUUUAUUAUGGUUACCACAAUGCCUUCUGCACCUGACAAUGCUCCCAAAUAUUUUACUGCUUUUUUUAAUAAAACUGUAAUUCAAUUUAAUUGGGAAUGUCUUCAGAAUACCAUUGAUGCUUGGGGUGACUACAAAACACCAGGAUUUUAUCAGCUUAGUUAUGGUUUAGUAACAAGCCCAGUACUUGAAAACAUAAACUUUACUACAAUAAAUAUAUCAACCUGCCAGUUUGUUUUAGAAAAUGUGAGUUUAUGUUAUUUUUAUAUAGCCAGUAUUACUGCAUUUUCAAUUGCUGCUGGUCCAGAAAGUGUAACAUGCAUCCAAAAUAAUCUAACAGAACCACUCUGCAUGAAGCCAUUUAUUUCAAGUUAUUACGUUUCUGGCUCAAGUAGUGCUUCUUUUAUUAGCAGCAGUUUCCUUCCAACUUUUUUUCGUGGAACAAACAUUUAUUGGUUUUUUCACAUAAAUGUUACAGACAAAAACUAUAAUCCUGGUCUUCCAUUUAAUGAGUAUCUUUAUGCACCUGUUUAUCUUAAUUAUUCCUUAGAAAAAUAUUCUAUUUCUUCAGAUCAAUGUGCUUUAGAUGAUUUGGUGAAAUACUUCAACCAAAAAACAGACUUUGUUUUAGAUCUGGUAGGCCUACACCCUUAUACACAAUAUGAGGUGUCAAUUCAACCUUGUAAUGAAUUAGGUUGUGGUAAUAUGUCAACUAGUGUUACUAUCCAAACAUACUCUGAUGUACCAAGUUGUGAACCUACACUUCUACAAAUGCAAAAUCUUUCAUCAACUUCAAUGAAUGUUUCAUGGAGUAAGCUUAACUCAAGUUGCGCUAAUAUUAAUUUGAAGCAGAUUAUUUAUAUCUUAAAAUGCAAUCGAAGUAAAGGUAGUAUGUUGAUAACUAAGAAUAUUAAUGACACAACAGUAUUGUUAUCAAGUUUGAACAAAAAUGAACAGCUUUGUUGUAAAGUUGCUGCUUCAAAUGUAAAUGGAACAGGACCUUACAGCCCUCAAAGUUGUGCAUUUACUGAUGAAGACUUACCUGAUGCUCCACCCAACAUAUUUAAUAGCACAGACAGUUAUACAACAAUAACAGUAAAAUGGUUACCAGUUUCUACAGAAAAUAGUUAUGGAACUAUUACUAGUUAUGAGAUUUGCAGGAAACAACUGUACAAAAACAACACAGUUGGGACAAACUAUUGCAUUAAACAAAUCAAUGGCUUGAUACUUGAGUUUAACUUUACAAAUCUUGAUGUGGCAAGCACUCAUAAUAUUAGUGUAGCAGCUUGCAAUAAAAUUGGCUGUGGGAAACAAAUUUUUAUUGUUGCAAGUUCAAGGCAAUUAAUGAAUGCUAAUUGGUCUGCAUGGUCAAUAUGGAGUGAAUGCAGCCAGUCUUGCAAUGGAGGAAUGAGAAUAAGAAGUCGUCAAUGUAUUAAAGCCAUAGAUAGAGCUCCUUGUAUUGGAAGUAACUUAGAUAAUGAAACCUGUCAACUUCAAAGAUGCUCAAGUUUUGUUUUGGGCCAAGCAGGUGUUACUGAUUGCAAUUCUAUUUGCGAAGCAAAACAAUUACUUUGUUCAAAUAAUUUUCCAAAAUUUUAUAAUGACACCUCUAUUUUUUUGGAUGCUUCUCCGCCUAUUAUAUGUUCAAAUACAUCAACUUUUAGUGUAUAUAGCUCUAGCCGAGAUCCUAGUUUCAACAGUGAUGGAACAUGCUUGGGCUAUGUAAAUUUACCUACUUAUUUUCCUUGCAAGAGCGACAGUGAAUUUAUGCAGCAAAAAAUGCAUAGAUUGUGCUAUUGUAUAAGUAAAGGAGAUAUUGGGUUUAGUGAAUGGUUUGAAUGGAGUUUUUGUUCUGAAACAUGUGGAGAAUCAAGUGUUAUGAUCAGGACCAGAAUAUGCAAUGGAAAUUGCAGUGGUGUCUCUUUUCAAAAAAAACAAUGUGAUGUACCAGUGUGCCCAGUUAAUGGUGGAUGGUCAGAUUGGGGACCUUACUCAAGUUGUAAUGCAUCUUGCGGCUAUGGUGUGUUUAUUCGAACUAGAGCAUGCAAUAAUCCACCACAAUUAGGAAGAGGAACACCAUGUUACGGACCACAGAUAGAUAUACGCCCUGAAUGUGGUGCUUUUCCUUGUCCAAUUGAUGGUGGAUUCUCAGAAUGGACUGAAUGGUCUAUUUGUGAUAAACCAUGUGACAAUGGAACUUCUAAGAGAGUGCGGCAUUGUAACAAUCCAGUACCAGCAAUAAACGGUAAAGAAUGCAGCGGAAAUUUUACAAUAACUAGAGAUUGUUUAAUGACUCCUUGUAUAGCUGUUGAAGUAAACUUGGUACAAAGAACUUUAGAAAAAUGGACGUGGAAAAUGUAUAGUGUCAUGUCAUAUGAGUCUCAAAAUUUUACAAUCUACUUCAAGGAUUCUGUUCGAGCUCUUUUUGUUCAGCAAGGUUUAAAAGGGUUAACUGAUAUUUUUGUUAACAAACUUGUGAUGGGUAGUGUGGUUGUAAAUUAUACAUUAAGAUUUGAAUAUUUGUAUGGUCAAAUUGUUGAUUACCUUGAUAUAAUCAAUUCAACUGGAAAACUAAUGAAUAUUUUAGUAACAAGUACACAGUAUUCUUCAAAUGAUGUUCCUUGUCCACCACCAUAUAAUAUUAAUGCAUCAGUGUAUAAUAAAUUUAAUAUUCGGAUAUCAUGGUCACGAGACAGCUGCAGUAACAAUGAAGUAUGGUUAUAUCUUUAUUAUAAAGAUGUAACUAAUUCAAGCUCAAUUUGGGAAUGGAAAGGUGUGCCUUCUGGAAGUCAAAGUUUAAUUUUGUCUGGCCUUGCUCCUUUUCAUGUAUAUAAUGCCUAUUUAUUAACAGCAUCAUCAAAUGGAAAUGGCUUACCAAGUAGAGUGUUUGUACUUCAGACAUAUGGAGCAAGCCCUGAAAGGCCCCCUGCAAAUGUUUCAACAACGGCGUUGAGUUCAACUAAGAUAUAUGUUGAAUGGACAGAUACUUUAGAACAAUAUAGCAAUGGUAAAAUACUUGGCUAUAAAAUUAGGUAUAAGGUUUAUUUGUCAAGUGAUCCAUUAAAAGAGGUGGAUGCACAAUAUGGUUUUAAUGCAUUCAUCUUAAAAGCAUUAAAACCUUUUACUCUGUAUUAUGUGGAUGUUUAUGGUUAUAACUUAUUUGGCGCUGGUUCACCAAUUUACUCUAUGUGUAAAACUUUAGAAGAUGCUCCAUCUGUUCCAGUUCCAAAUAUUCAGGUAAAUGACAUGCAAUCAUCUGAUUGGUGGUCCAUUUUGUGGGAUUCAAUCCCGACUGAGAAUGUUAAUGGAAUUUUGCUUGGUUAUCGUCUUACCUACUACAUAAGUUAUAGAUCUGGAGAGGAAAUUUUUGGAGAAAGACUAAAAUAUACAAUAGUAUUUGAUCCAUUCACACGUUAUCAUAAGCAAACAAAUCUUUUAAAUUAUGCUAUAUACAAUUUUAGUAUUGCUGGUUUUACUUCUGCUGGUAGCAGUCCUGCCUAUGAGUACCAAGCUAGAACAUGCAAAUGCAAAGAAGUUUUAUUUGCUAACUCCUUUAUCAAGGAUCCAUUUGUAUUCCUUGAUGCAAAUAAGGCUUCUGGUGAUUUUGUGGAUUUACUUAAAGACAUGGUUGUUCAGUCAUGUGGUACUUGUAAUGGCUACUCAAGUAAACUUUCUAAACUUUACUUUGAUAGAACAAAGUUUGGAGGUAAUCCUGUUAAAAAUUCAGAGUUUGAUUUAAAAUUAUCCAUUAGCAAUGAUAUUGAUAUAAGUUUUCCAAUAUAUGGAAGAAAUGGUUAUGAAGUUGCAACUAACACCUCCUUUAUGCUUUUAAUACAAUCACCAGGAAUUGCAGCUGUGCAACGUGAUGAGAGUAAUGCUGAUGUCAUUUUUUUGAAAAUGAUUUUAAAUGUCCUCAGUGUAUGGUCAUUUUUGUUGAUCACCUGUUUGAUUGCUUCACUCUUUGGAAUAUUAGUUUGGUUUACUGAUCAGUUUAUUAAUCCAGAACAAUUUAUUAUUGGAAAUGCUUGGAAAGGACCUAUAAUUGGUUUUUGGUUUUCAUUUGUUACUAUGACAACAAUUGGGUAUGGAGAUUUGACUCCUCGAUCUUUGAUGGCAAAAUUAAUUUCAAUUAUCUGGUUUAUUAUUGGCUUGGCAUUAAACAGUAUUAUAAUUGGAUUUAUUGUAACUAAUAUUACUUCUAUAACAUUACCUCCUGAUUUUAUUAUGUAUGACACAGAGGUUGCUGCUUUACAAAACUCAUUUGAGCAUAAAGCUGCUGUUCGUAGAAAUGCUAAACUAGAAAGAAAUUAUAGUGACAUUAAUACAAUGUUGGUUGAUUUGCAAGCUAAUAAAGUUAAAAUGGUGUACAUAGAUAUUUAUUCAUUAUUGGAUUAUAAUAAACUGUUUGAAAAAAUGCAACUUAAACUGGCUUUUAUUGAUUCAACUAAUACUGGAUAUGGUAUUGUAUUGUCAGGAUCAACCACAGCAUUGCUGUCAGAUUUUAAAAGUUUUAUCAAUGAUAAAUGUGCUAAAAUAAUGAAGUUUGCACAAACUCUUCAAACUAGAUUACCAGUACUUAUAACUGAAAACUCUCAGGACAAUAUAUCAAAUUUAUUCACUGAAAAUUCACCACAAUACAAAAAAUCGCUAAUUUUUGUUGGUAUUCUUAUUGGUAUAAUAGCAUUUAUUGGUUUGUGCAUCGAUUAUAUAAGAUGCUGGAGAAAUAAUAAAACUCAUAACAAACCAAACUGUACUGAUGAUAUCAAUGAAGUAGUCAGCAAAUUUUGUACGCAAUUUCGCGUUGUUACUGAACAGUUGACAAAGAAGCAUCAGCAAGAACAGCUGAGGUUGUACGACCUUAAAAAAAGAUAUUUCAGAAUUGUGUAAAUAUUUAAUCAUCACUAAUACGAUAGUAGUUAAUUAUAAAAAUAUCAACUAUAUUUAGAUACUAUAGUUGUUAUAAUGUAUACUAGAAUUUAUUAUGUAUACAAUAAAAGGUUUUUUUUAAUGUUUAAUAUAUUAGUUAUAAAUCUUUUUUAUUACCAAAUUUAUUCAUAAUGACU